AUGCAGCGGGCCGGAGGCGGUGGCGCCCCCGGGGGCAACGGCGGGGGCGGCGGCGGGGGCCCGGGCACUGCUUUCUCCAUCGACUCCCUGAUCGGGCCGCCGCCGCCGCGCUCCGGCCACUUGCUGUACACCGGCUACCCCAUGUUCAUGCCCUAUCGGCCGCUCGUCCUACCGCAGGCGCUGGCCCCCGCGCCGCUGCCCGCUGGUCUCCCGCCCCUCGCCCCGCUAGCCUCCUUCGCCGGCCGCCUUACCAACACCUUCUGCGCGGGGCUGGGUCAGGCUGUGCCCUCGAUGGUGGCGCUGACCACCGCGCUGCCCAGCUUCGCGGAGCCGCCCGACGCUUUCUACGGACCCCCGGAGCUCGCUGCCGCCGCUGCUGCCGCCGCCACUGCCGCCCGAAACAACCCUGAACCAGGCGGCCGACGCCCAGAGGGUGGACUGGAAGCCGAUGAGCUGCUGCCGGCCCGGGAGAAAGUGGCAGAGCCCCCACCACCUCCGCCUCCGCACUUCUCAGAGACUUUUCCAAGUCUGCCCGCAGAGGGGAAGGUGUACAGCUCAGAUGAGGAGAAGCUGGAGGCACCAGCAGGAGACCCAGCAGGCAGCGAACAGGAGGAAGAGGGCUCAGGCGGUGACAGCGAGGACGACGGUUUCCUGGACAGUUCUGCAGGGGGCCCAGGGGCUCUUCUGGGACCUAAACCGAAGCUAAAGGGAAGCCUGGGAACUGGAGCUGAGGAGGGGGCACCGGUGGCAGCAGGGGUCACAGCUCCUGGGGGCAAAAGCCGACGGCGCCGCACAGCAUUUACCAGUGAGCAGCUUUUGGAAUUGGAGAAGGAAUUUCAUUGCAAGAAAUACCUGAGCUUGACAGAGCGCUCUCAGAUCGCCCACGCCCUCAAGCUCAGUGAGGUGCAGGUCAAGAUCUGGUUUCAGAAUCGACGGGCCAAGUGGAAGCGCAUCAAAGCUGGCAAUGUGAGCAGCCGUUCUGGGGAGCCCGUAAGAAACCCCAAGAUUGUUGUCCCCAUACCUGUGCAUGUCAACAGGUUUGCUGUGCGGAGCCAGCACCAACAAAUGGAGCAGGGGGCCCGGCCCUGA